AUGGACGUCCCGCAGGGUUACGAGCCAGUCGUCGCCUGCACCUUUUGCCCCCCUGGUGGGAUUUUCUUUCAACUUGCCGUUUAUCUAUUCGACAUUGGCAACGACAUGUUGCAGAUGUUGACCUUCGUCCACCACGGCGACUUUUGGUUCGCCGGCUUCAUGGCGAUCUUUGUCGCACUCAACUUCUUGGCCACGUUCCUGGUGGCCAGAGAUAUGAGUCUGAGCCAAACGAAGCGCUGCGACCUGCUGGGGGAGGCAAAGCUCUGCGUAGCGCGGCAAGUGCCGACCCGGGCCUGGCAGGUGAUCCUCUUUUGUGAGCGAAACAUCGAAGCCCCUGGUACCGGGCUCAUCGGACCCUACGGCGCUAGCCGGCUGGCGCUCACACCACUCCAGGCUGCGAGCGGACUCUACGGACUCUACAGUUCAGCAAAGGCCAUGGCCGAGGGUAGGGUGGACCAGGAGGCCGAAGUUGGAGGUUUGGGAGGAACCCCGACUUCGUCUUACGCGCUGAAGGCCGUGCGCCCGGCCAAGGCCGCCAUGCUCUUCCUGUGGUACUUCUGCACCUUUGCUGCGGAGCUGGCGGCCUUCGCGGUGGUCAGUGCAACGCUGCACCCCUUGGUCACCUUGCCGGGAUACGUGCUAGGUGCCCUGGCGAACGGGGUGGCGCAGUGGUGGAGUGGAGAUGGCGGACUUGACGGCGGCAAGAUGGCGACUGUGAGGGCUAUUGGUUUAUCCUGCAUCAGCGUGGCCUUGGCUAUGGCGGGUGGCCAGAGCAGGGCAUUCACAAAAAGCGGACCCUUUGGUGGACCGGGCUGGAUCCCAGCAGCCUUCAUCUUGAUACGCUUCUUCGCCUGGGCGGGCCUCUGCUUUUUUGUGGAUCUUCCACAUGGCCUUCUGCCUCUUGGCUCCCUGGGGCGACCCAUGGGCUUCCCGGUGCUCCAAGCAAAGUUCUUGAGGCCGGCAGCUGCCUGCCGGGAAGCUUUAGUUUGCUUCACAUCGCAGACGUGGGAAACUACGGAGACUCAGGCAAACUCAACUUUAUGGGUUUUCACUGCAGAGGUGGGGUUCGGUGCGUGUGCUUGGCCGGCAACCGACGAGCUGACCACGCCGGCGACCAUCUUCAACACCUGCCUGUUGGUCCUAGCCGUGGUGCUCGUCCCGAUCCACAUCUGCGUAGUCGUUGCAAUGCUGGUCUUGAACCCCACAUAUUCGUCUGGAGCCGAAAACCCUUCUGCAAGGGACGAGAUCCUAGCGAAGCAGCGCGAAAUUGAUGAGUUCGCAAGGCACAACGAGCAAUCUGCGGGCCAGCACACGGAGCUGAGGCUUCUUGCAGAGGGGCCUGGAACGGAAGCCCAAGCUCAAUAA